CAAGAGUGUUUCUGCUCUUUUACGGGGUCACGUCGUUAAGGCUCUUCUUGUUUUUUAAUGUUGAUAUCAACACAUUAAGGUACCAUUUCUGCAGGGCUGUAUUCGGAUUACAGGGAGAUCUUCUAUGAAAUGCGAGAAGUGCUCCGGUUGCUCGUAGUGGCGAUCCCCAUGGGCGUGCUGGUGUCCCGGACCAUGGCGUGGAUGUCGAGUGGCAAGACCCAUCAUGAACUCAUCAGUCGUCUAAGGGAACAUGGGGUGAUCCGCAGUGACCGGGUGUUUGAGGCCAUGAUGGCGACAGACAGAGGGCUAUAUUCCAGAAACUAUGCUUAUGCUGACUCCCCACAGUCCAUUGGAUAUAGUGCAACAAUAAGUGCCCCACACAUGCACGCCCAUGCACUGGAGGUGUUGAGUGACAAGCUGGUGGAGGGGGCGUCGGCCCUCGAUGUGGGCUCUGGGAGCGGAUAUCUCACAGCCUGCCUGGCUAGGAUGGUGGGAGCCGAUGGUAAGGUGGUGGGGAUCGAGCACAUAGACGCACUGGUCCGGACGUCGGUGAAGAACGUGCAAGCGGAUGAUCCGGAACUACUCUCCUCCGGAAGGAUCCAGUUUGUAGUGGGGGACGGGAGACUCGGCCAUCCAGACGCGGCCCCGUAUGACGCCAUUCACGUCGGGGCCGCGGCCCCCACCCUCCCAAAGGCGCUCCUGGAUCAGCUGAAGCCCGGCGGUCGCCUGGUUCUGCCAGUGGGACCGGAGGGGGGAGGGCAGGUCCUGGAGCAGUACGACCGGCAGGCCGACGGGACCUUCCUCAAAAAGGCCCUGAUGGGCGUGAUCUACGUCCCUCUGACCGACAAGAAGCACCAGUGUCCUUGAUAUGAUCUCUGACCACAGUGUGGUAUCCUCUGCAGGAGGUGGCGCUGGUGGAGUUCGAUAGAACUGGCUGCUGGUCUAACUCAGACCAUCUGCCCUGUUAAACCGUCUCCCGGCAACCUGGAGGAAUCUGCUUCUGUCUGCCUUAUCAGCGUGUGCUUGAGGGCUCUAAUGGACUGACCAGAGGGCCAGCUUGUCAGGUGGUUAAAUGAACACCCUCCUCCUGGUUGCACGCCCUCCUCCAAAGCCCGGAAUAUCUGUGCAGGAAGCUUAAAAUCAGUUUGGAAUCAUUUAUUCAAAAUGUUAGUUUAAUAAAGAGUCAUUAUGAUUUUUUAUGAGAUAUGUCCAUACUUUGUUGGUCAUCUAUUAUCUCUGGAAAAGUUGGAAAUCUGUGAAAUGUGAUAUAAGCCUUCCAAGAAAAUGUAUGUCAGAGAAAAUGGUAUGAGGACAAAUCGCUCUUAAACUAUAAAAUAGAAUAUUUUUCUUAAAGAUCAAAUUAUAUUAUAAUAAAAUAUUAUUUAGAAGUAAUAUACUGCUUUUUCCAAUAAGGAACACAACCCUUCUUAAGUGUCUGUUCUCUCGCAAAUGUAUUUGAUCGAUGUUAAUAAACAAAACAUCAGA